CGCUCGCCAGCCCUCUGCCUGCUCCCUGCUCCGGCCUCGCCUCCCCACGCCGCCACCAUGAGCCAGUCGUACUCCUCCAGCCAGCGGGUCUCUUCCUACCGCCGCACCUUCGGCGGCUCCCCGGUGUUCCCCCGAGCCUCCUUCGGGAGCAAGGGCAGCAGCGGCAGCUCCGUCACCUCCCGCGUGUACCAGGUGUCGCGCACCUCGGCCGUGCCCAGCCUGUCCACCUUCCGCACCACCCGCGUGACGCCGCUGCGCACCUACCAAAGCGCCUACCAGGGCUCCGGGGAGCUGCUGGACUUCAGCCUGGCCGAUGCCAUGAACCAGGAGUUCCUCCAGACCCGCACCAACGAGAAGGUGGAGCUGCAGGAGCUCAAUGACCGAUUCGCCAACUACAUCGAGAAGGUGCGCUUCCUGGAGCAGCAGAACGCGCUCAUGGUGGCCGAGGUGAACCGCCUGCGGGGCAAGGAGCCCACCCGCGUGGCCGAGAUGUACGAGGAGGAGCUGCGGGAGCUGCGGCGCCAGAUCGACGUGCUCACCAGCCAGAGGGCGCGUGUGGAGGUUGAGCGUGACAACCUGCUCGACGACCUGCAGAAGCUCAAGCAGAAGCUGCAAGAGGAGAUCCAACUGAAGGAGGAGGCUGAGAACAACCUCGCUGCAUUCAGAGCUGAUGUGGAUGCAGCCACACUAGCACGCAUUGACCUGGAAAGACGGAUCGAGUCCCUGCAGGAGGAGAUCGCCUUCCUCAAGAAGGUGCAUGAAGAGGAAAUCCGGGAGCUGCAGGCACAGCUGCAGGAGCAGCACAUCCAGGUGGAGAUGGACAUCUCCAAGCCUGAUUUGACGGCUGCGCUGCGGGACAUCCGUGCUCAGUAUGAGAGCAUUGCUGCCAAGAACAUCGCCGAGGCCGAGGAGUGGUACAAGUCCAAGGUGUCUGACCUGACACAGGCGGCCAACAAGAACAACGAUGCACUGAGGCAGGCCAAACAGGAGAUGCUGGAGUACCGGCACCAGAUCCAGUCCUACACCUGCGAGAUUGAUGCCCUCAAGGGCACGAAUGACUCGCUGAUGCGGCAGAUGCGGGAGAUGGAGGAGCGCUUUGCAGGGGAGGCCGGCGGGUACCAGGACACCAUUGCCCGCCUGGAGGAGGAGAUCCGGCACCUGAAGGAUGAGAUGGCCCGGCACCUGCGCGAGUACCAGGACCUGCUCAAUGUCAAGAUGGCCCUGGAUGUGGAGAUCGCCACAUACCGCAAGCUGCUGGAGGGAGAGGAGAACCGGAUCAGUAUUCCCAUGCACCAGACCUUCGCUUCUGCACUCAAUUUCCGAGAGACCAGCCCAGAGCAGCGGGGCUCCGAGGUGCACACCAAAAAGACCGUGAUGAUCAAAACCAUCGAGACCCGUGACGGGGAGGUGGUGAGCGAGGCGACUCAGCAGCAGCAUGAAGUGCUGUAGAGGAGGCUGCUCCAGCAGCCCACCGGCACCUUCUGUCCCUGCCUCC